AUGACGUACGCCGUGCCGCUGAACAAGAGCGCCGAAACCGGCGUCAAGACGAUUCGCGACAUCAAGGAGCAGGAGGUGUACUUCGGCGACAUCCCGCUGAUGACCGAGAACGGCACCUUCAUCAUCAACGGGACCGAGCGGGUCAUCGUCUCCCAGCUGCACCGUUCCCCGGGGGCGUUCUUCCACUCCGAGGACAAGGCGCUCUUCGUCGCGCAGAUCAUUCCGUACCGCGGAUCGUGGGUCGAGUUCGAGUACGACGCGAAGAACCUGCUCUACGUCCGCAUCGACCGCAAAGCGAAAGUUCCUGGCAACGCGCAGGAAAAGGAGGUCGGCGAGAUCGAGGUCUUCUUCCCCGAUCGCGACGAGCUCGGCACCGUCCUGUCCACGACCUUGAAAAAGGAUCCGAUCCGGACGCACGAGGAAGCGCUAAUCGAGAUUUAUCGCCGGCUGCGGCCGGGAGAUCCGCCCACGCCGGACAGUUCCCGAUCGCUGUUCGAGAACAUGUUCUUCAACGCGCAGAAGUACGACUUCUCGCGCGUCGGCCGGCUCAAGCUGAACACGAAGCUCGGAUUCGACACCCCGCUCGACGAGAAGGUGCUCAGCCCGCAGGACUUCUACGAGGUAAUCAAGUACCUGCUGAAGCUGCGGCGGAAUCCCACGAACGUCGACGACAUCGACCAUCUCGGCAACCGCCGCGUGCGGUCGGUCGGCGAGCUGCUCGAGAACCAGUUCCGUAUCGGCCUGGUCCGCAUGGAGCGCGCCAUCAAGGAAAAGAUGUCCGUGUAUCAGGAAAUGGCGACGGCAAUGCCCCAUGACCUGAUCAACGCGAAGCCGGUGAUGGCGGCCAUCCGGGAGUUCUUCGGUUCCUCGCAGCUCUCGCAGUUCAUGGACCAGACGAACCCGCUGUCGGAGAUCACCCACAAGCGCCGGCUCUCGGCGCUCGGUCCGGGCGGUCUGUCGCGGGAGCGGGCCGGCUUCGAGGUCAGGGACGUGCAUCCGACGCACUACGGCCGGAUCUGUCCCAUCGAGACUCCGGAAGGGCCCAACAUCGGGUUGAUCUCAUCGCUGUCCUGCUACGCGCGGAUCAACGAAUUCGGCUUCAUCGAGUCGCCCUACCGCCGGGUCGAGACCGGACGGGCCAUCGACUAUUCGUUCUACCUGUCCGCCUGGGAGGAAGACCGCUACAUCAUCGCGCAGGCGAACGCGAAGAUCGACGACCGGGGCAACCUCGUCAACCCGCGGAUCAAUUGCCGGCAGGCAGGCAACUUCGUGCUCGCCCCGCGCGAGAACGUCGACUUCAUCGACGUAUCGCCGAAGCAGCUGGUCUCGGUGGCCGCCUCGCUGGUCCCGUUCCUCGAGAACGACGACGCGAACCGGGCGCUGAUGGGAUCGAACAUGCAGCGCCAGGCGGUGCCGCUGCUGCGUGCGCGCGCGCCGUACGUGGGCACCGGGAUGGAGCAUAUUGCCGCGCGUGAUUCCGGUGCGGUUGUCGUCGCCCGGCGCCCGGGCACCGUGGACUACGUCGACUCCCAGCGGAUUGUCGUCCGUGUGGAAGGCGCGGACGCCGACAUCUACAACCUGACAAAGUUCCGCCGCUCCAACCAGAACACCUGUAUCAACCAGAAACCGAUAGUGCCCGUCGGCGCGAGGGUGAACAAGGGGCAGGUACUGGGGGACGGGCCGUGCACCGAGCUCGGCGAGUUGGCGCUCGGCCGCAAUGUCCUGGGGGCGUUCAUGCCCUGGCGCGGCUACAACUUCGAGGACGCCAUCCUGGUUUCGGAGCGAUUGGUCAAGGACGACUACUACACGUCGAUCCACAUCGAGGAGUUCGACAUCGAGUCGCGCGACACGAAGCUGGGCCCGGAGGAGAUCACGCGCGACAUCCCGAACGUGUCGGAGGGCUUUCUGAACGAUCUGGACGAGAGCGGGAUCAUCCGGAUCGGCACUUCGGUCAAGCCGGGUGACAUCCUGGUCGGCAAGGUGACGCCCAAGGGCGAAACCCAGCUCACUCCGGAGGAGAAGCUCCUGCGCGCCAUCUUCGGGGAGAAGGCCGGGGAUGUGCGUGAUGCGUCGCUCGUGUGCCCGCCCGGCAUCGAGGGCAUCAUCGUCGGCGUAAAGAUCUUCUCGCGCAAGCGGGGUGACGAGCUGCCGCCGGGGGUGAUCAAGCUGGUCAAGGUGUUCGUCGCCAUGAAGCGCAAGUUGUCGGUGGGCGACAAGAUGGCCGGUCGCCAUGGCAACAAGGGUGUCAUCGCCCGAGUGCUGCCCGAAGAGGACAUGCCGCGCCUCCCGGACGGCACCCCGGUUGAGAUUGUGCUCAAUCCGCUAGGCGUGCCGUCGCGGAUGAAUGUCGGGCAGAUCCUCGAGACGCAUCUGGGAUGGGCGGCACAGGCGCUCGGCCUCCACUUCGCGUCGCCGGUGUUCGACGGUGCAAACGAACAGGAGAUCAAGCACUGGCUCGAGGAGGCAGGGCUCCCGAGGAGCGGCAAGACGACGUUGUACGACGGCAUGACCGGCGAGCCGUUCGAGCAGCGGGUGACGGUUGGCUACAUCUACAUGCUGAAGCUGUCGCACCUGGUCGACGACAAGCUGCACGCCCGGUCGAUCGGGCCGUACUCGCUCAUCACCCAGCAACCGCUGGGCGGCAAGGCGCAGUUCGGCGGACAGCGCUUCGGCGAGAUGGAAGUGUGGGCGCUGGAGGCGUACGGCGCCGCCCACAUCCUCCAGGAGCUGCUCACCGCCAAGUCGGACGACGUCACCGGCCGGGCCAAGAUCUACGAGGCAAUCGUCAAGGGCGAUGCAUCGUUUACGCCCGGGUUGCCCGAGUCGUUCAACGUGCUUAUUCGUGAGCUCCAGGCGCUCUGCCUGGACGUCGACCUCAUCAAGACGCGGCGCCCGGUCGGGAUCCCGGCGCCGGCCGAGGAGGCGGAAGCGGAGCCGGUACUCGAAGGCGCGCCGCCCGAAACGGUAUGA